AUGAGGAUAAUUCUCAACAGCAUCGUGUUGGCAGCUCUUGCCGUGCCAUCGACGGCAUUUCAGAUUGUCAUGAUGUCCAACUAUUUGGACUCUUUGGGAGGCAAUCAAAGGGUGAAGCAACCUGUUAUUCCACCCCCACAACCGGUUGAGCCUGUCUCAUUCCAGGCUCCAAGUGAACCAGAAGGAACUCCGAUGGCACCGCCUCCAACAGCUGAGGUUCCCAUCGAAGAUGAACCCGUCAUGAAAGCUAUGAACGAUUUGACACAGAAUUUUGUCAAGAACGAAGAAGCAACACUAUUGGCCUUGAAGGAAAUCAGCACUUCGAUGAGAAUAAUCGCUGAACAGGGAGGUAUCGGGAAAAAAUCAGCUCCUCCGCCACCGCCACCAGAGCCUGUAGCUGAAAUUACACCAGAGCCAAUAGUAGAAGUCCCGCCUGAACCAGUUCUUGAAGAGCCCCCGAAGCCCCCACCGAUGGCUCCCGAGGCAGUGGUGCCCCCGCCUAGCCCCGUUGUCCCCCCACCGCCGCCGCCACCACCACCACCACCGCCACCAUCGAAGACGUUGACUCCUGCAGAGCAAAUUGCGUAUGCAUCAUCAAGAACACCCCCGCCAUUGCCCCCUAAACCUUUAACUGCAGAAACUCCCAAGGCAGUGCCACCCCCGCCGCCAAGGCCUGCCCCACCAGCAGCAUUUGUGAGAGAAUUGACUCCUGCCGAAAAAAUCGCCUACUCCUCAAGGCCGCCUCUCCCGCCAGGUCCUGCACCUGCAGCCCCCCCUGUUCCUGCCGCUCCCCCAGCCGUAUCGGCUGCUGUAUCAGCUCCCAGCACAGGAGUUUCGGCCACUCCUGAAGCGAGCACAAGUGCACCUCCUGACGAGAGCAAAAGCAAAUAUUGGGCGUCCAGUUCCACUGAAUCUUCUGCUGAUGAUACGCCUACUCCAUCCUCAGAGGAUGAUAACCAGGCCAUUCUUGGGAGUUUGCCACUUCUUAUUACUGGUAUUGGACUGCUUUAUGCACUUGCCGGUAGCACCGAGAAGUCGAUACAACUACCGAAUUUCGAACAAUAUCUCCCAGGGCUUCCUCCACUGUCUUCGUUGAAGCUGCCUGAGUGGACCAGUAGCAUCGGACAAGGAGCACUGGGUACACCAUCUGACAGUGGAAGUGUGUCCGAUGAGGGAGCACUGGUUACACCAUCUGACAGUGGAAGUGUGUCCGAUGAGGGAGCACUGGUUACUCCAUCUGACAGUGGCAGUGUGUCCGAUGAGGGAGCACUGGUUACACCCGAUCUGGAAUCCGAUACGGUGGAGGUGCCAGAAGCUGCAGCCCCUGAAAGUCCUUCAGCCCCUGAGCCAGCCCUGGAGGCAACGCCUGUUCCAGAACCUGAAGUCACACCCGAACCUGUGCCCGAGCCAGAAGUAGCACCGGAACCUGCACCAUUAGCCCCACCUGUCUCUGAAACGCCCCCAGCGCCCGAAACACCACCAGUGCCCGAGACUCCACCAGUGCCCGAGACUCCACCAGUGCCCGAAACACCACCAGUGCCCGAGACUCCACCGGUGGCCGAAACCCCGCCUUUGCCUGAAGCUCCACCACCGGCUGCCUUGGGAGGUGCAGCGGCUGGAUUAGCGGGAGCAGCAACGGCGGCAGGGGCUGCUCCAGUCAAGUCCAUCGGCUCAACGUUCUCCUAUGACCCGCUCGCUGAAAACGGCCCAUCAUCUUGGUCGUUGCUUGAAAUCGAAGGAAACGAAUGCGGCGGGAAAAAACAAAGUCCCAUCGCCAUUGGAAAGACUGGUUGCAGUAUUGGUGCAAACUACAAAAUGGAGACGGAAAGCAAAUGCUCAGUGUCGGAUUUGGAGUAUGCUCUCGGAAGAGGCGGUCCAAAGGCGUCGUUCCCUAAACAAUGCGGAGGCAGCACGCUUCAGAUUCCAAUGCUUGAGGGUGUGUAUCAGGCGGUCCAAUUCCAUACCCAUAUUGGCUCUGAGCACGUGAUCGGAGGAGAGAGGUACGGAGCGGAGCUUCAUAUUGUGCACAAGGAGCAGGGAGGGGACAAGUUCGCGGUUGUCGGUAUCAUGAUCAACGGUGAUAGCAAAGUUGACAACCCUUCGUUUGGAAGACUUUUGGAUAAGUGGUCGGCAGUAGAGAAAAAAGUAGCUGCCAACUGUGAUGGAGUGCAACUACCCACCAAGAACCGCCCAGUUGUGUCCGAUUCCACUUUCAAUGUUUACGAUCUUGUGCCUCUCGGAUCUUCAUUCUAUUACUAUGACGGAAGUCUCACAACACCACCUUGUUCGGAAGUUGUUUGGUGGAAUGUUGCAGAUGUUCCUCUUUCAGUUUCUCCUGAGCAAUACGACCGACUUGUGAAGAUGACCACUUCAUACACCGACCCGAAUACAUGUGAGUUGAAGACUGCAGCUUCUCCCUUGGACGGGUCUACAAAUCGACCCAUUGCGCAAGACAUAAGUGGCCGAAGCGUGAAGCGUAUCUGCCCUGUUGGCAGCAUCGCCCCCACCGGGUCGGCUUCGGAAACGUUGGUUGCCAUGGUAGAUGUACAACCAGUCGUCCCAGAAGUCGCCGCAACACCUCCAGCACAAGGUGCCCUUGUCGCCAGUUCUAACCCAGCCGCAGACGACCCGGAUUACGAUCCGUACAGAGGACUUUAA